AAAACCCUAAAUGCUAGAUCCUGGUUUCAUAUUUUAAGCGAGCUUCUUCUUCUCUCCAGUCCUCCCGUUGAAGCCGCGAUCUGUGGAGGUCCAUGAGAUCCUCUCCGUCCGACGUCUUUCCUACCGAUUAACAAGUCAAGAAGAAGAAGAAGAAGCUGAACUACUCCUAAUAUCGAAAACAUGGAAGGCUACGCCGGCGCGCCAGUCCGCCCCAAGGUGCAGAACCGCACAAAUGUCAUGCAGCUAAAACUGAUUGGACAAACUCAUCCUACUGGUUUGACACCAAAUAUCUUGAAAUUGUUCGAGGCUCGACCACCAUUGGAUUAUAAGCCACCUCCAGAGAAGAGAAAAUGUCUCCCUUACACUGGAAUGGCUCAAUUUGUGUGUCUCUUUGCUGAGAAAGAUGAUCCAGAGUAUCAACCUCCCAUCGAGAAGUCCGAGACUCCUGCCCAACGAAAGGACAGAAUUCACAAGUUACGGCUAGAGGAAGGUGCAAGAAAGGCUACAGAGGAAUUUGAGAAAUAUGAUCCACAAAAUGACCCAAAUAUUUCUGGCGAUCCAUACAAGACAUUAUUUGUUGCUAAGCUGAACUAUGAUACAACUGAGCGUAAUCUGAAAAGGGAAUUUGAGGCUUAUGGGUCCAUCAAGCGGGUUCGACUAGUUGCAGACAAAGUAACAAAUAAACCUAGGGGAUAUGCAUUCAUAGAGUAUGUGCACACAAGAGACAUGAAAGCUGCAUAUAAACAAGCUGAUGGAACAAAGAUUGAUAACAGAAGAGUGCUUGUCGAUGUUGAACGAGGUAGAACAGUUCCAAACUGGAAGCCUCGUCGACUUGGUGGGGGUCUAGGAACCACCAGGAUUGGAGGUGAAGAUGUAAAUCACAAACAAUUGGGGAGAGAGCAACUGCAAUCUGGAGGGCCACCAAGAUCAGAGGAGCCACCAAGGGCACGCGAUGAUCGUCAUGCAGACCGGGAAAAAUCCCGUGAAAAGGGAAGAGAUAGAGAGGGUGAUAGGGAGAAAUCUCGUGAGCGAUCUUAUGAGAAGCCAAAGGAUCGUGAUCAUAGGGGGGAGGAAAAGCAUCGCAGAGAUCGCGAUACGACAAGAGAAAGAGAAAGAGGCCGUGAUCGUGACCGAGAUGGCCGCCACCGAGACAGGGGUAGGGACAGGGAACGAGAUAGACGAAGUUACGAAGUUGAAGAUCCGAACGGUGACAGAAGAGGGCGUUCACGUGACAGGGAGUAUGACUACAAUAAUAAUAAUCAUCAAGAUGAUGAACCAGAUAGGCAUCGCUACAAGGAAAGAAGCUAUGAUCGUGAUGAACCGGAGGAAGAAGUGGAUGGAUUGUAUGAACGUGAACGUCGUCGACGACACCAUAGGCACUACGAAGAAGACGACUAUGAAAAAUCAGACAAUCAUAAUGAUGAGCGUGGUGGUGCGCGAUAUGAACAACAACAAGAACAAAUUGACGAGGACAAAUACCAAAAUGGAGGAAGCUAUGGCCACCGUUCUGAGAGGCCAACUACUCGCCAAUAUGACGAUUAGGUGAAUGAGAAUAAUUCUACAUUUCCAUAAUAGACUACCAAUAUCCAAAGAAAAGACAUAUCUUGUUAUUUGUUCAAAUAAUAACUAGACUGGUCCUCCUUCAUUUUUGUUUUUUUAUAGCUAUAUAUAUAUAUAUAUGAUAACUCUCAAGUCUAGUUUGAAACUUCUUGUUGUUGAGUAUGAAUGAUAAAAACAUUCUAUUUUGGUGAGUAUUGUCUUAAAUUUUUAUCCCAAAUUGUAAACAAUAAAAAUAUGUUUUUCAUUUGA